ACUGUUUGUUGACACAAUCAUACCUCGAGAAAAUAUUAUUAAGAUGUGGUAAUUAUUUAAAAGAAUUGUCUCUCUCAGAUAUUUGUGAUUCGAGUAUUAUGCCAUUUGUUGGUGAUCACUGUAAAAAUUUAACAACCUUGGAAUGUAAAUUUGGUGAUAAUGCCUUAAUUGAUAAUGCUGAUCACUUUGUCCAAGCAUUUACACAGUUGGAUAAAUUAAAAUGCAUCAAAAUAACGGUAGAUCAAAAGUGCUUGGAUGAGACAAUUAAUCUCGCUGAAAUAAUUAAUAGUCUCCCAGAAGAAAUUAAUGAAAUUCAUUCAUUUUCUAAACCUCUGUGGAAUCGAGAUCAUAAUAUUUCCAUAAGUUUUAAAAAAUUUAAAAAUCUUCAAAAAUUGACAAUACAUAACUUCUGUCUAGAUCACAUAAACUUCCAAGAAAUAGCAGACAUAACAACACUGGUUCAUCUUAGCAUUGGAAUAUUUGAUAUACACACAAACCUUUCUCUAUUUAAUAAACUUGUUAAUUUGGAAUACAUUGAAUUAUCGAUGGAUUAUGAGUAUAGUGUGGACCUCGCUACAAAAAGACUAAGUAUAAUGCCUGACUUAGCAAAUACAUUUGUUGAAUAUUGCAAGAAUUUAAAACAUUUGAAAAUAACUAGUAACAAUGAAAUGAAUACUGCUUUAAAAAAGUUGACAGAGUUGAAAAAUCUUGAAUGUUUAAUAUUGAUGGGCGACUUUUCUUUGCUUACAGAGGAAUCAAUAAUCGCGAUUUCAAACAAUUGUAAAAAACUUAAACGUUUAGAAAUAGAUGAGUGUAUGAUAAAUGAUGACGAGUCAUAUCCUUGUCCAUCUGCUCUUAAUGAGUUAUCAAAAUUACAAUAUCUUGAACAUCUACAUUUAGGUACGACAUUAGAUCUUGAAGAUAGUGCAAUUAUUGCUAUUGCUAAUAAUUGUAAGAACCUAAAAAGUUUAGGUAUCCGAGGUUGUAUGGAUCUUACUGAGACAGGUCUCGUUGCUUUAACAAACUUGGAAAAUUUAGAAAAACUAGAUGUAAGCUUUCUUAAUAAAAUUACAGACAGCUUCCUUAUCAAAUUAAAAGGCUUAAAGGAAUUGAAUUGUUCUUUUUGCCAGGAACUUACUAAUGCUGGUAUUAAUCAAUUUAUAAAAAAUAAUCCAGAUCUUGAACUUCUUGAUGUCCGCUGUAUUAAUAAUUUGACAAGUGACUUGGUUAUUGCUGCUGAUUGUGCAACUAAAAAUCGUACAAAUGGUAUUACUUUACAUCUAACAAUGGGCAAUUUUUCUGGUCGUCCAUUUUCUAAUAAACCAAUAAUUGAAUCUCGAUGGUUGAUUGUUAUAUGGUUAUGAAGACUGUCCCAUUUUAAUCUGUAUAAAUGGAUUUUUCUUU